CAUAGCUUGCAACACCCGCUAGUGACGGAGGACCCUGUGUUUGCCUGAUGGGCGGCCGGCUUGCUCACCACCACACAACCCCGUCGUGCCCAACUUUCCCCUACGUCUGUGUUCACCUCUUCUCCACGACAAGCCUUGCAGCGACCCUUUUCGCCCCUCUUAUUUUCUUUUAUAAACUCAGGACCAUGCCCGCCAUCCACCGUUUCUUGAAAGUCCGUCUCAUCAGCAUCUAGCUACAAUAACAACAACCUCACCGUUCUCAAAACAACUACCAAGCUUCUAUAUACAAUCAGCUCAUCACUUCAUCUUCGAAGCAACUCAUCAAACAACUACCAAUACUCCUUACUAAGACUACAUCUCAAGCCUCUCAACAGCGGCUUACUACCAAACAACACCACACAUACAUCUAAAUCGCAUCUAUGAGCCCUUCCACCAUGCCCGCUCGCCAGGACGCCUACUCUGUUUCCAUCCCCGUCUCUCCUCCUCCUCCAUCAGAUAUUUCCACCUACAUGCGCUCAAUGCAUCAACACACUAAGCGCCAGAUGGAGGCUGCCAACCGCUCCUCGACCAGAAGAUCCGGCGGCCGCACAACUUAUCCUUCUAUCAACGGUCACCACUGUUCAUCAAGCCAAGACUCAUCGUACUAAAACAACAAUCGAUAAUUCAUAAUAGUUCCACAACUUGGUCCCGCUUCAUCGGGACCUCACCUCAUCCAUACCAAUCACCACGAUCGAUAUGAGAGGUAUUUCAUUUUCAGCGACUGCGAACAGCAGACAACAGAGUUCAUCCGAUCAGUGAGAUACUAGCGCGAUGGAAUCAGAACUAUGGAAACAUUAGCAUUUGGCGUGAGAGAGCUUGUUUUUUUUUUUUACAAUGGCGGGGUUUGGUUAGGAGGGUAAUGUUCCUCAGGCGUUGGCGGUUUGAAGGGUUUCGGGUGGCACGAUUUCGAGACGUCGGAGUCUACCUCCCAUGAUUUAUGAUAGGAACGAAUAAAUCGUUACAAUCUCUACA